UUAUAAGCAUCUUAACCUCUUUUACUUGGGUUCCUUUUCUUAUUCACUUCUAUAGAUAUGUAUUAGUUUCUCUCUGUUAUAAUUUGGGAUUGAUUUUUUUUUUGCCCCCUUCAUUUGGUGCAUCAUUUGCAGAUAUUGGAAGGACUUCUUAAAUUGCCAGAGAACAGGGAAUGUGCUGACUGCAAAAGCAAAGGUCCACGAUGGGUAAGUGUAAAUUUGGGAAUCUUCAUCUACAUGCAGUGUUCUGGAAUCCACAGAAGUAUAGGAGUACACAUUUCAAAGGAGUUUGUAAGUGAGAAAAUUAAGGAUGAGGUAUUGGUAAAAGAUCAGAAAGAUGCCUUCAAGGUAUUUCUAUGCGAUUUAGGAGUGUGUUCCUUCUGUUCCUUCCAUGUCUUGUUACCAACUAUAGAAAACAUAAUCUGUUUCUGCAGGAUUUCAUCAAAGAAAAAGUCAGGGAAGCAAAGAAAGCACAAUGGGAGGCAAGGGAAGCUCGCAAAAAGGCCGUUGAAGAAAUGGAUGAGGAAACGAAAGCUGCAUAUGAGAACAUGAGGUUUUACAAGUUCUAUCUAGUGCAGACACCGGAUGCAUCUGACUUAUCCCAAGUGAAGGUGAGGCUUCAUUACUAGUGUUGUAUAUCGUUAACUCUGAGGGAAGGUUAAAUCAUGUGAUUGAUUCUCUCUUGUUCCUGG